GGGCUAGCACUAUAAAAUCGGCAUUAGUCAGGAUUAGUUCAAGCGGCCACACACACACACACACACACACACACACGUGCAUGCGCGUCGCUAUGUAAGUGAAAUAAUGGACGCUCACCUGACCCGAAAUACUGUACAAUGCAAUUCCUCCGUGCACGUAGGUAGAGGGUAAACCUUCCGUUGAAAGUCAUCAAAUCGCUCUGAGCCAAUACUAAUGUUGCUUUUCAUUAUUCACAGUAACUCGUGAGCUCUCUGCUCUUGCGUUAAUGCAGUAUUUGAGAUCAAAUUGGAAAGGGUUAUUGGCAAGAUUCAAACUGGUAGACUGUAUCUCAGGCUGUGAUUUGCAGACUUGGAACAGGCUUCUACAGAUACACUUAUGCUAAUCGUCGGUCCCGCAGGGCGCCCAUGGUAAGCAAUGCAAGUCCAGGAUCGAUUAAUCAGAAACCAGGUUUUAAGAAACCAAGCCCAAACAGCCAAUCAAAUCGCUCAACUUCAACGUAAGGCAACAUGACUGAUAUGUCCAUGGAAGUCACUGGACAUUACUACCGAGACAAAAUACUGGCGCCAAUAGUUGUGCCAUGCUGGUGCACGUUUUGUCCUUAAAGACAUCACCAGAAUGUAAUGGCCAGCCGUGAAUCCUGACCUUUCCCCGAAACAUAGAGCACGUCAGGGAUCGGGAGACUUGUACGCCGACGUCAAAGAUCACCCGCUACGUCAGUCGAACUGGGCUAGGCGUUGCAAGAGGAAUGGACAAGACUCCGUCAAAGUGUCAUUUGGAGAUCGAUUCGGACCCAUUCACGCCGAAAAAAUAAAGAUGUCUCCGCGGCCAUGCUAGCUGUGCUGUAGUAGACGUUGGCAUGUUCCUGGGGCGGCACGGAAUGAGGCCUUAGAGAACAAUGACACCGUUCCCGAUCAUACCAAUCUGUCUUCUAACUGUGGUAGUGUUUCUUGAGUCCGUCCACGGUUUGGGGCUGAUCGAGGUGAAACUCACCCACUACUCCAACCCCCGUGGGGUGACGGCGGCAGGGAGAUGCUGUGACCGCGUUCAGUCGCCACCCCCCUGUCCAACCAACCGAUGUGAUCCCUACUUCAUCAUUUGCAUCUCAGAAACCAACAAUGGAGGGGGCUGCUCGUACGCCAAGGAAGUGACGUCGUCGUUAACCAACCAGAACACAGCGACGUUCACGACGACAGUGGCAGACAAAACUAACCCGCUGUCGGCAGAGUUUACCUACUGGCAGGGCUCCUUUCUGCUGGAAGUGGAUGUGAACGACAACAACACCGACGUCACGACUAGCGACGACUACAUGGGUGGGUUCUCCUACCGCUACGUAGGUACACCAGUCUCCAGUACGUCAACUCAGGCUACGUCAAUACGUCUGACGGCUGGUGACUCCAUCUUGGACGUUGAAGUACGGGCGAGAUGUUUGAAGAAUUACUUCGGCAACUACUGUCUAAAGUACUGCAUCGACCGUGACAACGCCUUCGGCCACUUUACGUGUGACGACAAGGGCAAGGUUGUAUGCAUGUCAGGUUGGGCAGGGUCGAUGUGUACCCUGGUGUCGGCUGCCUGUACCCCCAACCCUUGCCAGAACGCAGGGACCUGCCUGGACAAACACGGUGUAGCUGUUUGCGCAUGUCGGCAAGAGUACAGGGGUAACCUUUGCGAGUUUCCUGUCACUACACCUUCAACAACUACAACUACUACUCCAACUCCUACUACUACAACCCCACCAACAACACAAUUUACAACAACAAAGGCAGUGACAAUCGAGAGUGUUGCAGUCUUGCCUCAAAGGAAGGAAUCUGUUGCAGGUGCAACAACCACUGUGGUACCCACACAGACAAGCCCACCUGUUGUAGAGGUGGUGAUAAUUGUUGCAGCUGUUGGUGCUGCACUCCUGUUGAUGUUCAUCAUGGGUGUGACCACUGCAAUAUUAUACAGGAAAUAUGUUUCAACAAAGAAAACAUCAUUCAACAAAGUGCAUCCUGGCAGGUCAAGUUUUAAAGUGAAUCGGAAACAAAACCACAUGUAACAACAGGCCCCUUUUCUUGGACUGGCCACCAUAGAAGGUGGCUUUGAGACCACAGUCCAGCUUUGUGAUGUAUCUGAUCCACUCUGGUGUCAUAGGGGCGGUCGGGUAGCCUAGUGGUUAAAGCGUUCGCUCAUCACGCUGAAGACCCGGGUUCGAUUCCCGACAUGGGUACAAUGUGUGAAGCCUAUUUCUGGUGUCCCCCCCCGUGAUAUUGCUGGAAUAUUGCUAAAAGCGGCGUAAAACCAUACUCACUCACUCACUCACUCUGGUGUCAUCACCUUCAAAUGAAGAUUAACCAUCGCACUGGACUUGAUUCAGCAUCUUACAAUCUCAGAGAAUUCAUUUUGUACCGGUGUAGGGUAGUCAAGUGGACCGUGUGUUCACUCAUCCCAUCAUGGUUGGUUCGAAUCCCACUUGGGUAAUGUGUGAAUUUGACUCCUGGUGCCACUACUACAUGGCUACAGCUUUGCUAAAUUCUGGCUAAGUCGCAUCUCUUUACAACCUUAGCGCUAAGAUUAACCUUGGUAACGGUUGUUUUGUAUAAUGGCACCAGAGGAAUACCACCAAACUAGUGCUUUAACAGACCAGCAACAGUUGUAUUUGCUUAAAUAUCUCACAAAUGGCUGUUAUUGACUUUGAAUUUAAUAUCAGUGCCAAACAUAAUAA